UGUUUGUGGAAUAGGUGUAUGAGGCAUACAACAAGGUGUCAAAACAUUUCCUCACAUACUCAUUUUAGUCCCUUUCUAUCAGUUUAUGAUUACCACCAAUGACUGUAUCGUGUCAGUAGUAAAGAUAGACGAAAGAAAAUAACAGAUGUUGUGCAAGCUACUUAUAGCGAGUGAAGUAGAAAACGAGCUCUUCUAGUCAUAAUUGUGGAUUCUGAAAGCAGGUUUUGAUGAGUAAUAUCAAAAACGAAACGAACAAUUGAUCACAAAGGACCUUCGAAGAGGAGGAGUUUGUGCUCAUCAUCAAUUGGAGGCACUCGGAUUGCACUUUGAUGACACCUGCCUUGGUGAGAGAGAUAUGUCUGUUCGCAACCCAACUACGCUGAUGUCCAUCAGCAAUGAGGAAAGUUUCGACUUCCUGUUCAAAAUUGUUCUUAUCGGUGAUUGUGGCACAGGUAAAACAUGCAUAGUGCAGCGCUUCAAAUCAGGCAACUUCAUCGAGAGCCACGGUAACACGAUAGGGGUGGAUUUUUCGAUGAAAGCAGUCACAGUGGAUGGGAAAAAAGUAAAGCUUCAAAUUUGGGACACUGCUGGACAAGAACGUUUCCGUACCAUCACACAGAGCUAUUAUCGAUCAGCCAAUGGAGUUAUUAUAGUCUACGACAUAACCAAACGCUCUUCUUUCCUAAACCUUCAACGAUGGAUCGACGAGGUCCGGCGCUAUACAGCCUCCAACGUGAUGAUCUUCGUCAUUGGGAAUAAGUGUGAUUUGGAUGCCAUCCGCGAGGUGGAGUUUGCCGAAGCACAAACCAUGUGCCAAUACAUACCGGAAAUCAUGUUCGUCAUGGAAACAUCGGCCAAGGACAACCGAAACAUUGAGGAUGCUUUCAUGACCCUGGCCACGGAAUUGAAGCGGCGGCACGAUAAUAUCAGCACCGACGAAAAUCCUGAAGGAAUAACAUUGGGCCAAAGUAUGUCGCUUUCGGUUAGUAAUUGUAGUUUGUGCAGCAGAACGUAAAUGAGCAACUAAAUACGGUGGUUAAACUAAUGAUUGUUGAAUCUCUUUAGCUUAGGCAGUUUACAUUGGAAAAUGUAGAAAAAAAUGUACAUACAAGCAUAUAUUUUUGGUUUUUAUCUUUUGAAAAAAUAAAAUAAAAUUUAACUUAGAUGUGAAUGAACAAAUAUAGAUGUUAUGAAUGGGAUAUUUGUUGUUUUCCCCGAAGAACCAACAGCAGACGAUAAUCUAUGAAUUUAAAGAAGCGUACGUUUGAUGAACUAUGUACUAUUUAUAACUGAAAGUUGAAUUCGUCUUACUCUGUGGGUUCUAGCAGUAGAAAACUAUAUUUCACAACAAGUGAAGCAGAAAAGCGAUAUGUGUCACACGCAAUGAUCUAAAUAUCGCAGAGCACUGAUUAGCCUUAAUCUAAAAUGUUAUCCUUAAUUGAAAAGCUAAAAGAAUUAACUUACACGCUUUGUGCUGAUGCUACAAAUUUCAGAUAGGUAUAAUGGUAAGCUUGGUAAAUUUGUCUCAAUGAUUUGGAAUAGCAAACAACGCUGAUAUUUUUUAAAAUAAAAAUAUUUUCAUAAAAUUUAAAGUUUCACCGGAGUUUUCAGAUAUUUGUUUGGUCAAUUGGGACUUCUGCACCUACGAGAUUUCACCAAAACAAAAUUUUAUUUGAAAGUAAAGUUCUACAUUCAAGGUACGAUUUUUAAUUCAAAUUGGGAAAAACGUUUACUUUUUCGAACCAUCCAUAUAUAAAUGAUAUAAUAUACUUUUUAUGCAAAUUUGAUUUCUACGAUAACUACUUCCCAGGAUAAAUUAAUUAAUCUUCAAAAAAAAAAAAAGAUUCCGCUAGUUAAAAAAGUAAGAGAAAAUGUGGGCUUGUGAUAUAGUUCAGUUGGCAAGUCAGUCGCCUGAGCCGAUGUCCGCAAGUUCGAGUCCAAAAGUAAACAUCGAAUUCACAUGUACCGGAUAAGUUUUUCAAUAACUGGGCGUCAACUGCAACGUUCAUAUAAAGUCGCGAUUGUCAUAAAUCUGGUGAAACGACCAUAAUCGAAAAAAUAAAAAGGGAAAAUAUCAUCAUGAUGUUAAAUCUGUUUGCACUAUUCCGGAUUAUCGAGACAAGGAGUGUUCUUUUAAAAUACUUUAAAACUUUUAAAACGAGUUCGGCCUUAUUUUUCUUUUCAUGCCUCACAAUCGAUUGAAUUGUGCUUUAGUUUUAAAAACAUUUACUUGUCUAACAUACCGAAAUGAUAUUUAUUUGUAAAAUGUACACUGGCAAUAAACGGUUUUGUAAAUAUCACUAAGAACAAUAAAAAUGUUUUAAUCCUCUCCAA